UCUAUGCAUAAAUCACCAUGGUAGGCACCGGAAAAAAGAUAAAUGAAAUUAUUCCUGGCCUUAAUAAGGAACUUACUUUCUACUAGAGGUGGGGGGAAGAUAGAAUAUAUCCAUAGAUAAAUAUAAAAGAAAGUAAUUUAAAGAAGGUAAUAACAACUGGAAAUAACCCAUGAAGACUUCACAGAAGAGGUAGAACCUGAGGAAGACAAGCUAUUACAGGAUUGUAUACAGAUUGUGAAGAACAAACUCAGUUCUCCAAUUAUUUCAAGGAAUCUGAAUAUGCAAAAGCAAAUGCAGAGUUUUUCUAAUACAUGGACAUGGUUAUUCUCCUUCAGAACCAGAGGUUUGUCUGCUACAGUAUUACCUCCUCUGAUGAGGGUGUAAUUUAGUAACUAUAGUUUUCAUAAACUGUUUGUAAACAAUAUGUCCUCGUUGUCAGUGGUGGUUAUUAAUAAAAUACAAAUGUAGAAAUGGAGCCACUAUACCAGGAAUACCUAACAAAUCAUGGAACUGUAGUAAAACCUUAUUAUUGGUUGGCCUUGACUCUAGAAUGUUCUAAGUGCCCUUAUCAUAUCCGGACAGGUGAAGAAGCAAGAGUUACCCACACUGAAUUUUAUCAGAUCUUUGGAUUCCCUUGUGGGCCAAGUCCUCAAACCAAACAUCUCACAUUUUAUGAACUGAAAACUUCUUCUGGAAGCCUGGUGCAAAAGGGGCAGGCUUCAGGUUGCAGCGAGUAUGAUACCCACCCAGAAUCUAUGUUAUUUGAGAUGGGCAGUUAUCUUGAGGCAUUCAUACGUAACAAUGACAACAUUGAGUAUAUCCUGCUUUAUUCUAACUACUGUCCUUGUAAUGAAGCCAACCACUGCUGCAUUAGCAAAAUGUACAACUUCCUGCUGAGGUAUCCAGGCAUCAGCCUCAAUGUUUAUUUCUCUCAACUUUAUCAUACAGAGACUGAAUUCCCUGUUUCAGCAUGGAACCGUGAAGCUUUACGAAGCCUGGCUAGUUUAUGGCCUCGGGUCACUCUGAACCCAAUAAGUGGUGGAAUUUGGCCUUACCUUCUCCAUCACUUUGUGAGUGGUAUCUCAGGGGCAGUUCUUUACCAACCACUUUGGCCGGCAAGAGCACUGGCUGACAGGCAUAAUGCUUAUGAGAUCAAGGCAAUCACAGGAGUGAAACCAUACUUCACUGAUGUACUUCCCCAGACAACAAUGAACCCAAAUACAAAAGCUCAAGUGGACUUACAGAGAUGCCCUUUAAGCAAUGUGUCUCCUCAGGAGUCCUCUCAAGUGAGGAUGACCCCAGAACAGAGGCUGCCUGUCAUUUUUAUGUUAGUGCCUUUCAGGGAUCAGCAACCACCCAGUGUAAGUCAAAACCAGCCCAAACCGAAGAACGUUGUAAGGCACUUAAACAUGCCUCAAAGGCUAUUACAGGAAACCAAAGACCCCAGAAGACCCUCUGCUGGAAGACUAGUAGAGACUGUGGAAAUCACAGAACAAUUUUCAAGUGGCAAAGUAAGUGAUAAGAAAAAGAAAAAAGUAAACCCACAUUUUAAAAAAGAUAAUGCUACCAGACAUUAAAUGGCUUAUGAGAUUGUUGAUGUGUGUUUGAUAACUUUCAUCCCUGUAUCAGCUGAAUCUGGACUACCUAGAAAGCAAUCACACUAAAAUGCAAUUCCAUUACAUUUUUCAUUGUGUCAACAGCUAGCAGCCUCACCUCUUUUAGCAACACUUGAAGUUUUUCCAAUAAACAACUUGACCCUUUUUCAAGUGGUAGCAUCAAAGUGGAACUCUAAGUCAUUCUCCAACAGUAUUAUGUGGAAAAGGAAUGUUUUUCCAGUUGGCUCACAUCAUCAUUGAGCAUUUAAAAACAAACAAAAAAAAAAAACCUAAGUGGACUAAACUGAGUCCUUAAAUUAGUUUCAGUAUAAAGAUUUAUUGUGAAGUUGGAAAACUGCCUGAAGUAACUGACAUUAAGUGCUGUUUGCAGUAGCAAACCAGUGAUUUUCCAUUAAUCAUUUAUUGUCAGCAGAUAGAUUUUAAGCAGCCCACUUUCUCUAAAGUGAUUCAAAAUAAUUAUGUGCAGGGAGAAGCCAUUCUACUACCUGAUUUAACACAUCUUUGAAAAUACAUUUUUAAGCUCAAUCACCCACUCAUGAUGACUCUUACCUAGGUUCCUUCCUAAAUGAAAUUUAGUUAGUGGUUAGAUAUUUGGGUGAGUGGGGCAUUCAACCUUGAGCAAUAUAGUAACUAUUACCUAAAAUAUAAAAUCUAUAUAUCUCUAGAAGGCUUUCAAGGUUCCUUUCCACUUGCCUGUUUCAUGUAUGUCUGUCUUACCUUUCCAAUUUGGUUAUAAGUUUCUGGAGGAUAUGGGCUGUGUGUUAUGCAUUUUUUAAAAAAUUCCUUUAGAAUCAAGCACAGUGUGAUCUCCAUAUUUGAUGGCACCUGUAUCUUACUAAACUCAUUAUUUAUUACUCCUACCAUACAACCAUUCUAGCCAACCAUUGUCUUGCCAUGCCCGACAUCUGACUUGGACUUGCCAUCUUUCCUAUAAGGAAGGCUAUUACUACCUACCCCUCCCCACCAAUCUAUAUCCCUUAGUUCUUCCAAAAUUGGCUCAACAUUCCUUUUCCUGAUUAACCUGUUCACAUGUAUACUUACUUAUUCUUUUUAUGCCAUAAUGAUUUAUAACUCACUUGUAUCCUGUCAUCUAAAUAACAGUAAGUCUUUUCAAGUACGUUUAUUCCCAAACAGAAGUAGAGGGCUAAGAUCCAUUAAAAAAACCCCAAAAAACAGAACCUUCCCAUAGUUCUCAGCACAUAAUAUGAAUUCAAUAAAUGUCAAUGAGUAGUUCAUGGAUUCAGAAAGAAGUACAGAAUUACUGGAAAGUUUUAUUCUCUAGUAGCAUGGCAAUGGGGAUACAGAAUCCAUGCACAUGAGAAGAAGAAAGGUGUAUGUGGAUAUUAUGGUACUGUCUCAAUUAAGCACCCCUAUCAGCCACAAAUAUCCAAAUAUUCACAAUCAACUUAAAAAUCAUUGAGCAAUUUGGUUUGCCCUGUGACUCCUGUAGGACUGCCCUACUCACAAUCCUGGAAAGCCUCUGGAACACUGGAGCCAGCUUUAGAAUUGGAAUAAUUCCCUGCCCUAGGUAGGUUUUGGUCCCUCUCAUUGGCCCCAUAAUGAACCUGACUGACAUCUAAAGAGAUAUCUCAGCUGGUGUGUGCUAUAUCCCACUUUCCAUCCACUAAGUCUUUGUUUCUCUGAUGUAUAUUAGAUUAGGGAUGGAAGGGUAACAAUGUGACAAUAAAUCUCACAUAGGGUCACUCAUCCUGGGCAAGUCAGUAUCUUUCUAUUAUCUUAAUUGUAUUAAAAUUUAGUGGAAAGACUGCAUAAUCUAUUGGGUUCUGUGGUCAGACUGGAUAGUCUGAGUAGACCACCCCAAAGGGCAAUCAAAAUGAAAUGGCUUCUUUGGGAGUAGAGACUAAGGAAUUAUUCAUCCACAGUACAUAAUAUCAACACACUCUGGCUAUGAUGAGGUAAAAACAAAAAACAAAACUCUAGUAAGAAUUUCUGACCAUCAAAUACCCUAUGAAAGCCUAUUUAGUAAAAGAUAACUUAUUAGAUUUUCUUUAAGUUCACUAUAUUUCAUUUCUCUGGCUUGUUCAGAUCCUGAGCCUUGGAGUGAAUGUUAAUGUGUAUUACUAAUUUGAGCGUUACAGCAUAUGAUGAAAAAAAAUUUUUUUGGAAAGUGAAAGCAAAAAAAUUAUCAGGGUAGGCAUAUAAAAAAGGUGAGGAAAGAGAAAGAGAAGAAUGGCAUGUUCUUUUAAAUUUCAUAAAAACUUUGGACUACAGUUUUAUCAAAAGAUCCUAUUACCUAAGGAAUAAAGUUCAAACUCUGCUUACACUCAAGACCCUUCACAAGAUGAUGCUCCCCUCUCCCCUUUCAGUCUUGUGUAAUUCUCCUUCAUGCACUCCCAUCCACAUGUCCCAGACAAAUUAAACUGCUUGCUCCCUGCCUUUCUAACCACCCUACCCUAAUAUCCAUUCUGUUCUCUUUUAUUCAUACAGUUCCCUAUGCCUGGAAUGACUUCUUCCCCAUCCUUGCUUUGCCCAUUAAAUUUCUACCCAUUCUUUAAAGCCUAACUGCUAUACCACAUCCUACACAGAUACCUUUCUUGAUUGCCUACCCCUGAAAUUUGGUAAUAGCCUUUUCCCUCAGACCCCAUAGAUACUUUGUAAUAUUAUCUAUGAUAGCUAUCUCUACUAAUGGUAACUUCCUUUAAGGCAAAUACAAUAUCAAAUCUCAACCUUGUCAUAGUUAGCUUUGAGAAAAGGUAAACUUAUGCUGUAAAUAUAUCACAUAUAAUACAUUACAUGCUCUAUUAAUCUUCAAAUUCAAUUAGUCAGUUCAAUUCAAUCUGAAAAAAUAAAACUUUAUUUUUCAUUCCGUAUGACCCUUCCCAACCAUAGAUAUAUAGAGAAUGAUUUUGUACUUUAAAAAAAAAAACAAAAAAAACUUGUAGAGGAAUUAGAUUUGUGGAGAAUGGAAUAGCUGGAUAGUUUACUAUGUCUACCACAGCACUAUGUAAAUUUAGUAUUAUUAUAAUGGCUAAAUCACAAAUAUAAAGCUGAAAUUGAUUACAGAAAUACUUCUAAAUUUUGCAGAGCUUUGUGAAAGAAUAUAACAUGUGAUCAAAAUGAUGAGUUGUCAAUUCAAAAGGAAUAAAAAUAUUACAAAUUUUAGAACACAAGGCAGGGAGAGAAGGAGGAA